GAUUUCCUUCUGGAAAUCUUAGAAAUAUGGUUAUCGAGACAACUUCCAAGUAUAGAUAUUAAAAAAGAGGCGACUGGCACUGCCAAGCCUGUACAAACCAGGCUUUGUGGCAGCGACGGGAGGGAAGGCGCUGGGAUAGCUACAUAGAUUAGGACGUUCUUUUGCUGGCCUCUAGCAUAUAUAUGCGCAGUUGCGGUAAAAUGUGCAAUGCAAGCCCUAUUUUUUGCUUACACUGUGCAUUUAUACUAAUGUAACCGCUGAUGUCAUUACAUGGGUUAAAACUUCCCUGCUCUGCAAAAGGUGCUAGAUUUUUGGAAAGCUGGGGAGAAGCGGUUUAUUGAGUGAUGGCCAAGUGUGUGAAAUUAGUUUCUGGUUAUUGGUACAGCGUCCGUCUGCUUUGGCUGAUGGGCGCUCCUUCUCCUGCACCUGCAGGAGGUUAAACUGGUGCUGCUUCUCUAGAGCCUGCCUAUUCCCUAAGCGUAACUGGUAGCAGGUGCAUACCAUGAUAGGUGGGUAAAGAAGGCUGCAUGGGUGAGUGAGUACUGGUGAAUGCAGGUGCCCCAAGGGAAAGUAUCCAUUUGAAUUUGGGGGUUUUGUAUGUUUUUAAAAGUUCUCAUUCCACCUCUUCCCAUCUUCAGAAGCAGGCAGAGCUCAAGCGAGCUACCUGAAAUCCCGUAUCUUCUCAUGUUAGAACGAGUGGGCACUGGAGGAGGCUCCUGGUCUGCAGCACCAUGCUGGAUCCCAAGCCUCACUCUGCAAGCCGGAGGUGAAUCCAGGUGAAAGCCAGCUAUCGCAGUAGGUGUCAGGAUGACCAAAGCACGGCUCCUCCGUCUCUCUGUGGUGCUGGUCUCCAUCUUCAUGAUCCUCCUGAUCAUUGUGUACUGGGACAACGUGGGAACGGCUCACUUCUACCUACAUACGUCCUUCUCCAGGCCUCAUUCCCCCGGAGCCAUCCCUGGUAUCACGGCAGGUGAAGACUGGGAAGCCUUGCCAGACGUGGAUGAAUUUUUGGCAAAGCUGCUUAGUUCAAACCUGAAACAGAAUAGCUCUAGCCCCCGAAAGACAGAGCAGCUACUCGUCCAGGGCUCCAGCAAGCCUGCGGUGAGCAAUCUGGAGGAGAACGUGCGGGGCUAUGACUGGUCUACGCACAAUGACAGAAACAGUUUGGACCAAGAGAAACUGCAGAUAGAGAGACAGAGAACAUUGCGGGAGUUUUGUGCCAAUUCCAGCUUCACCUUCCCUACCAAGGAGCGCUCCUUUGAUGACAUCCCAAACUACGAGCUCAACCACCUGAUCGUGGAUGACCGCCAUGGCAUCAUCUACUGUUAUGUCCCCAAGGUGGCCUGCACCAACUGGAAACGGGUGAUGAUCGUGCUAAGUGAGAGCCUGCUGGACCAGGGGGUCCCAUACCGGAACCCUCUGGAUAUCCCCCGGGAACAUGUCCACAACACCAGCACCCACUUGACGUUCAACAAAUUCUGGCGCCGUUAUGGGAAGUUCUCCCGGCACCUCAUGAAGAUCAAGCUGAAGAAGUACACCAAGUUCCUCUUUGUACGAGACCCUUUUGUCCGCCUCAUCUCUGCCUUUCGCAGCAAAUUUGAGCUGGAGAAUGAGGAGUUCUACCGGCGAUUUGCCAUCCCCAUGCUAAAACUGUACUCCAACCAUACCAACCUUCCCACCUCUGUUAGUGAGGCCUUUGGGGCAGGCCUCAAAGUCACCUUUUCUGACUUCAUCCAGUACUUACUGGAUCCCAGGACAGAGAAGAUGGCCCCCUUCAAUGAGCACUGGAGGCAGGUUUACCGUCUGUGCCAUCCGUGCCAGAUAGACUACGAUUUCAUCGGAAAGCUGGAGACGCUGGAUGAGGAUGCUGCUUAUCUAUUGCAGCUCCUCAAAGUGGACAGGCUGCUUCGCUUCCCCCCCAGCUACCGGAACAGGACUGCCAGCAGCUGGGAAGAUAACUGGUUUGCCAAAAUCCCACUGGCUUGGAGGCAGCAGCUCUACAAGCUUUAUGAAGCAGAUUUUGUACUCUUUGGCUACCCCAAGCCAGAAAACUUGCUUAAAGACUAGAAGCGAUUGGGCGGUGGGUGUGGGAGGGAACAUCUGAAAUACCAAAAAUGUUUAAAGCCUCCUCAUUUUUCCUCUUAAUUCCCUUCCCCAUACAGGUUGGUACAACGGAAUAUAUUUUUUCUACCGCCUCCCCUUCCAUUUUUGCAAUAAUGCCAGAGUCCGGGGUAUUCCAGCCAGCUGUGCAUAUGCAAAAAACGCCAGGUUUUUUGUUACCAUUUGUUUUCUGGGUUUUCUGUUUUUUACAAUGUCCCCAUGUUUUGCAAUGGGUCGCUGCCCUUGGUCACUCUGCCAGCUGUGUCCUUCAGUAGCUUUUUAUUAAUACUUUUUAAAAAUUAAUAUAUUUAAGAUAUUUAA